AUGCGGACUUCGGAUGGCGAGAAUAACCAAGCCCGAUUGGUGCUUGCGGGUGGAUGCAGAGAUGAUGGAGACCGGGCACGUGUUGAAGCAUUGCAGAAGCUUUGUGCGGAGCUAGGUUUGCGCCAGCAAGGUGUAACCCAGGAUUGGGACGUAAGCUUCCGCACGAACGUUCCACUCAAGGAGAUGCAAGCGCUUCUGUCUCAAGCUGAUGUAGGAUUGCAUACAAUGCGGGAUGAGCACUUUGGCAUUAGCGUGGUGGAGUUUAUGGCUGCUGGUGCUGUUGUCAUUGCUCACAACUCUGCGGGGCCUUCGAUGGACAUAGUCACACCACUGCCAGAUGGUAGAAUGACAGGGUUGUUGGCAAACGAUGAUGAAGACUAUGCGAAGAAGCUCGUAGAGACCCUUGAUCAGAUGAGCGCAGAACAGCGACUCGACAUGGCCAAAGCUGCAAGAGAAGCAGUGCGUGAUCGGUUUUCCCAAGAGGCAUUUGAGGAAACUGUUGCUGAACGCCUUGUCCUUCCGUUGCGAAGGACAGCUCCCUCAAAGCACAGUUGA